UCAACUAUUUGCUGUCUUGCAACAAAAUUCUCUUUGAUACAUUGUUCAUAAGUUUCGUUUGUCAAGCCGACAUUAGGACAGCUGCCAUCAAAAUAUAAUGUAAUAACAAUCGUGACAAUAGUUUUAAUGGAUUAAGUGGUGUUUUUAAUAAAUUAUACGCGACAUGUUUUCUUUGAAACACAAACUAACAUGAAUUGUAGAAGUAAAGUGAGAUGGCACAGAAUAUAUGGCACGUUUUGCUAUGGUUAGGUAUAGUGUGGCCGUCUUUAUGCAUAGAUGUGGACAUGGAGUCUGAGUUCCCUGAAGACCGCUGGAUAUUCAGACAGUCGCACCAGGAAGGCAGGGGCCCCGGCGACCUCGCGUGCGCUAACACACGACCCUCCGCAAAGGAUAUUGUUCGACGCUUUUAUGCGAUAUUGCCAUAUUUCGACAAAGACCACACGAACACAGCGUUCCUCCACAAGUUUCGAGGUACUAUCUACAGCAUGUCUGACAGUGAAGACAUGUUGGACCGGGAGGCGGGGUUCUACGCAGCCGUGCUCACCCCUCUCGUCUUCCUGCAGCAGUACAGGGACACCUGGUGUCUUCUGGAGAGAUUUCACAGGGCCAUACGUCUAUAUCAAAUUUCACACCCCACAGAAAAGAGAUCAGCAUUAAAAUUGCUACAGAACUUAAGAGCUGUAAAUCAAAAGAUUCGUGGUUUCAUAUUCGAGUUACCUGGUCCCGAGCAAGUGACCCGCUCGACGCCGCCACCGGAGGCAGAAGAAGACGAAACAUUGCAUGAUAAGAAAGACAUUAGGUAUCUCAAGGAACUGAUUAAAAACCUCGGCUUGGCCCUGAUCGGCUAAACUAAGGAUAGAGGAGGCGAAAGAAAAAAUACCCAAAAAACUAUCGAAUAGAUUAUGGAAAUUGUAAAAUCUAUAUUUAAUAAACCGCGAAGCAUUACGUGAAGUUAGUUUCAUUUCUAAUAAAUUCCAUGUUUUACAUGCUUUCAUCAUUAUUUGCCUUAAUGGUGCACCUUCCAUUUUUUUUUGUCUUUUGGGACUCUGUUAUCCCUACUAACAUCAUAAAUGCCAGUUUGUUUGAUAAGCUUUCAAGCGAAUAGUAAUUAACCUUACACAUACACUUGAAGGAAAUAGAUAUAACAUAGGGUUUGUUUUAAUUCGUUUAAUAAGGAGGAUUAUGAUUUAGAUAGAUAUAAUCAGCGCGGGCGCAGGUUACCCUUAAUAAUUUGUAAAGCUAUAGGAAUCAAAACUUAAAAGUUACAAAAUCAAAUAAGU